CCGAGGCCAUUCGGGUAGUGCUUGUCUUCUAAGCUUUUUCUAAGCAGAGAAUUUCAAUACCCAAAACAGAAAAAUCUCGAAAAAAGGGAAAAAAAAAAGAAAAAAAACCCUAAAGCUUAUCACUUGAGACCCUUCAUGGUCUCCGUCUUUCUCAGCUCGCAUGGAGUCUGAAGCUCUUUCGAUCAGAUACUCACCGGAAUCUCCCUCCAUGACCUGUUUCCGGGGAUCCUGUCUUCAUUCUGUCAAGGCAUUAUGUAUUAUUUGGGUUUCUUGGUGCAUCUUCUUUCAUCAUGCUGUCUCUGGACUUUAUCUUGCGAGUGGAACUCAGGAAACGGAAGAAGAAAAGGAUAAAUGUGGAUUCCUAUUAUCUGACUGCAGUUCAGUCAUUCCCAGCUCUAUGCCCAGUGAUGUUACGAUAGGCACCCUUCAGGAGAAUUCUGAAGCCCGUGUAGCUCGCGGGAAUGUUGGUAGCAACUUCGGCAUGUUCUUCUUUCCUUCAACUUUGCCUGAAUCUUCCCAUGGGAAUCUUAAUGUGAGGGUAUCUAUAACUGACAUAGAAGAUUCUGCCAGUAAGCUUAGUGAUCCAUCAGAAAUAGGUUUUAUGGGUCCCGCUCAGGGUGCUUCGUGCCUCAGUAAUCUGAGCUGGUCCUCGGACUAUGGUAUGUCUAACUCAUUAGAUGGAAGGGCCAUUUCUUGUUCUUUGAACUCCAUUCAGGAUACAAGCGGAUUGUCUUACCGCGAGACUGCUAGUACUAAUCAAAAUGAUCUUUCUUCUUGUAGAGGGCCUUUAUUUAACCACAAAGUUGCGAGUGGUAGAGCGAUCAAGAACUCUGAGACAAUCUUGUCGAGUUCUUUCGAUGGUUCCUUGUCGCCUCACAUAGAAAUAGAACCUCCCAUGCUCGAUUGGGGAGAGAAGUACUUGUAUAUCCCUUCCUUGGCGUAUUUAACUGUGUUGAAUACCUGGAAUGACAGCAUUUUACAUGUCUACCAGCCCUUCAGUACGGACUCCCAAUUCUUCCCCUGCAAUUUCACCGAGGCAAUAUUAGAACCUGGGGAAGCAGCUUCAAUUUGUUUCGUCUUCUUGCCCAAAUCAUUGGGCUUGUCUUCAUCCCAUCUAAUAUUGCAGACAAGCUUCGGAGGUUUCCUUGUGCAGGCAAAAGGUUUUGCUGCUGAGUUUCCUUAUGGUCAGGCUCUUUCUGGGUCAGAGCUUUCUUCUAGUGGGAGGUGGAGGAAGAACUUUUCCUUAUUUAACCCAUUUGAUGAGAAUAUCCAUGUGGAAGAAAUAGCCAUGUGGGUUUCAGUUUCUCUAGGAAACACUUCCGUUCAUGUGGAUGCAACUUGCAGUGCUCGUGAAUGUGAUCACUGGGACUCAAGUGACUGCAAGUCACUGAGCAUUAAGGAUUGGUUUCUGGUGAAGACUGCAAAUGCUGAUUCGUCAUUGAUGGCAAUGCGGCCUCUCAGUAGUUGGGAGAUUGGUCCUCGUACUAGUGAGACUGUAGCAGAGAUAGACUUGUCAUUUGGUUCGGUGGCUAGAAUUUCUGGUGCAUUUUGUAUGCAAUUGACAAGGGCAUCACAAGAUGAAGCUGCCAUUGUCAUGCUCCCAGUUGAAGCUGAAAUAGACAGAAAGACUGAUAGUGAUAAUAGUGCCAGUCUUGUAACUUUCUCUCUGGAAAGUGUAAGCCCACCUGACGCAGGCAAAGACAUCAUUGCAGUGUCUCUGAGGAAUAGUGGUCCUCAUGUGGUCAGUGUUGGUAAAAUUAGUGGAGUUGCAGACUCCGAGCUUCUCCAGAUCGAGCACAUGGAAGGGUUGCUUCUCUUUCCUAGAACGACCACAAAAGUUGUCUUUGUUUCUUGCACCCCCCACCAAGGAAUACCAGAUGUGAACCGAAGCUGCAAAUUACUGGUACAGACAAAUGAUUCAAGGAGUCCUAUUGAGAUUCUGUGCAACGACAUUGUGCAUCUCUGCUCUAGACACCAGGAUUCCUCUGUUGGUUGUAAUAAUCCGUCAUCCUUUGAUGUGUCAUCAAGAAAUAUGAGGACAGGGUCAUUGACUCGUGGGACUGACAUGUUGCCAUAUGCCAUGGCAAUGGAGGCAAAAGGUUUGGACAAUUUGGUACUGCAGAACUGGAAGUCGCAAGGAACCGAUACUGAGGUUUCUGUGCUUGAAGACCACGAGCUCCUUUUCUCUGUGGUUCAGGUUGGGGAUCAUCUUUCUAAGUGGAUUACUGUAAGGAACCCAAGCCAACAGCCAGUUGCGAUGCAGCUAAUUCUCAACUCCGCAGAGAUAAUAGAUGAAUGCCAGGCCUCAGUUGAGAUUUUAAUUCCUGUCACUUCUGCUGGUUUCGUACAACCUGGUUCCAUCAGUCCAAGACGAUAUGGAUUUUCCCUGGCAGACGGGGCCCGAACUGAGGCCUUUGUCCAUCCUCACAGCACAGCAUCUCUUGGGCCCGUGAUAUUUCACCCUUCAAGUCGAUGCAAAUGGAAAAGUUCGGCUCUGAUAAGGAACAACCUUUCCGGUGUUGAGUGGAUGUCUCUUCAGGGAAGCGGAGGUUCUUACUCACUCGCCCUGAUUGAAAAUUCCGAGCUUGUUUGGAGUUUAGAGUUUCAACUUGAAGUGCCACAAUCUCUGAAUAUCUCUCUCCCAAAUAUUGGAGCUAAAAUUGAGGAUGUUAACAGAGCAUGCUUGAGGCCUGUGAUAAAAGAGCUUUACGCCAAGAAUAUGGGAGAUUUCCCUCUUGACAUGCAAAAGAUCAGAGUUUCAGGAACUGAUUGUGGGUCGGGCAGGUUUCUGGUUCAGAACUGUAGUCAAUUUGUCCUCGAACCUGGUCAGUCACGUGUGCUUCUGGUGUCCUACUUGAGUGACUUUUCAGGUUCUGUGGUCCAUGGAGAUCUUGAGCUGGCUCUGGGUUCUGGUAUCAUUGUAAUACCUAUGAGAGCCAGGGUUCCCAAUUAUACACUUGAACUGUGCAAGAAGUCCCUGUUCUGGACUCGGGUGAAGAAAUUAUUGGGUGGUUUUCUCAUAAUUGCACCCUUUCUGUGCUUGGCGCUUUUUUCUGUUUUUCCUCGGUCAGUUCCAUUCUGUUCCAAGGUUUUCCAUUACAAGGGCAAUCGAGAUUCGGUCGGGAUAAUACCAAGUGUAGGAAAAUCAUCUGGCACCAAAGGAGAUCAAAAGGGCGGCAAGCUCAUCUCUCCCUCUUCUAAAGUGAGCGUUUUUUCCCCUGUUGAUGAAGAAGAACCACUAUUAGCCAGGUCUGUCAGAUGCGCCGAUAAUCAUCAGAGCACAUCUCAAGAGCCGGUUGCAAAUGCCCAGCAUAAGCAUUCACAUAGUGUCAAGCUGAAGGAAAGGGAGCCACUGAACUUGGUAUCCUCUGAGAGCAGUAAUGUGGUGGAACGAUCACAGCUGGAUAACCUUACGGUUAAAAUCGGGAAGGAGAAGGGUAGGAGACGGAGAAAGAGAAGGGGAGCAGGCAAUGUAUUGACUGGACUCUUUGAAGUCUCAAGUAGUCAUAGUGGGAAUUCUACUCCUUCCUCUCCCUUGUCCCCAGUCUCAUCGAUCACGCCUCGAAGGAUGUGGCCAGUGUCUCCUGAUGGGGAUAGAUAUCCUCUUCUGAGUUCGGGUUCUUCUCAAGUAUCAACUUUGGCUGAUCCUGAGGUUCCCAUCUGCAAUCAAGUAUCAACUUUAGCUGACCCUGAGGUUCCUAUCUGCAAUGAAAGCCGUCGGUUUCCUCCUCAAGAGGAGCAGCCUUCUCCAGCAUCAGGAGGAACGACGAACAAGCCGCUGCUGCUGCCAUCUGCUACUUUUCCAUCUGCAGGAAGGCCAAUCCCGAGUAUGCCUCUUCCUUCUCACUUCCAGUUCUCAACUGCUACUAUUGCUCCACACGCUCGAGCUCCGGGGUCCAAACUGUAUGGCAACGGGGGAGUGAAACCUGAGGAGAAGUUGGGGUCUGAGAAUCAGUUUACAUAUGAUAUAUGGGGCGAUCAUUUCUCGGGACUUAAACUGAUGGGCGGUGGAUCGGUGGAUGACUCUGCUGUAGUCCCAAGGGCAGUGAAUAGCGAUUCUGAGAGCUUCUUUGUGAGGGGCCCGCAGGCCCUGAUGACAAAGUACCCUCAAGAAUCUGUAAGUUUCAAGAAUGCAGUUAAUGGAUAAGUUGAAAUGAUAUAAUAUUCCUGGAUAUCUCUUGCUGCUUCCUGCCUAAUCUCUCACUUUCAGCCUUGCACAUACGAAGAGAAAGCUAUGAACUGAAAACCGGAACACGGAAAGAUUAAUCUAACUAUCAACAUGAACUUUAGAUCUUUAUUCCA